AUGCCUACCAAAAUCACGCUUGUGGAGCUGGUGCACCUUUCGAUUGGUACCCCGGAGAUUGGCGCUGUCAACUUCAACGCCCUCCACACCUUGCUCGUAGCUAUGCUCAAACAUCUAAACCUGCAGGAAGUCAAAAUUGAGUUGCCUUCCCAGAUCACUGAGCAGAGCCGCAGCACAGAGUCUCUCCGGGGGCCCAUAAGUGGGUACCCGACCAAGGAAAAGAGAAAGGUCAGCAUCAAUAAGCAGCCUUCUGCAGGGCGACUCACACCCCAAAUAAUAGAGGCUCAGGUGAAGGACCUGGGAGUACAGGUACAGGAUUUAGGCAAACAAGUCCAAGCCAUAGAGAGUCAAGUGCAAGGAAUUGAGAGCCAGGUACAGGACAUUGGCUCCCAGGUUGAUGGGUUUGGGGAGCAAAUAGCUGCUUUGGACAAGCUGCCAUCCGGUACCGACCUGCUAGAGAAGACGCCGAGUGGCUCCCGGGUGUCAGAUAUGUGGCAAAUGAUGCAGAUGAAAAAGAAAAUGGAAGCCAAUGAGGACGGCAUUUCCAAGGCUAUGGGACUGAUCCAGGAUGUCAUGAAUGAAGUCAAAGACUUGAAGGCAGAUCAAGAGAAGGGGUAUCUACAGAAGGAGUUUCCCCAGGUGAGAGGGAGCCUUCUUUGCCAUCUUCCAGGUCCCAAACAGGCCAAGUGUCUCCAGGACCUCUCCCUCCAGUACACCCCAGCUGAGGCUGAUACAGACUUCCAAAUCUUAGCAGUGGAAAGCAGAACUUGGGCUGGUCUAUUUCUCAAAAAUUGGGGAACCAUUUGGGCCCUUACUCUCAGGAGCAAAUAGAUUUCUAGACCUUCAGAACUCUCCCACUCCCCCUCCUCUAUUACUAA